AUGCUGCCGCCACGCUCGAACCUGCGCCGCUUCACCACUGAGGGCGCGGACAUGGUGAUAUACAGCGGGGGCAAGGCGGUUCGUGGACCUCAGGGCACGGGUAUCUUGUGCGGUCGCGCCGACCUGAUAGACGCUGCAUUCGCCAAUGCCGCGCCCCACCAGUUCAUCGGGCGCGGCAUGAAAGUCGCCAAGGAAGAGAUUAUCGGGCUGAUGCGCGCCAUCCAGAUUUUUGUGGACGAGGACGAGGAUGCGGAGAUGGCGAUGUACCGCCGCAAGGCGCAGCAGGUCGUUGACGCGCUCGCGGAGGUUGACGGGCUGCGCGUUUCGCUGGAGCACGACGAGCAUAACUAUCUCAUCCCGCAUGCGGUGAUGCGCUUCACGAGGGACUGGCGCGGGCCGGGGCGCAACGAGGGUGUAUCAGGAGAUGAUCGCAGGCGACCCGCCGAUAUACCUGCAUGA